AUCAGUGUUUGCCCUAGUCAUCUGCCAGUUCUUCUGGGUUGCCAAUAGUUAUAUACUAUGUUGUUCCGCCUUUGUAAAUCGUGAUCUGGGCUUGUGUGCAACUCUUUCCUUCCCCGGAGACAGCGAAGGCUCUGGAAGUUUGCCCCACCUCAGUCGACACGACGGAAGCUACCCCUCGGUGACCCAACCUCCCAGAGGAUCGUCUAUGUGAUCCUCAAAAUCUUUCUUUGACGAUCUGUACUACACGUCAAGUCGUUGUGAAAUCUGGGCUCUCAUCCAGUCCUAGUAUUUUACUAGAGGUUUGAAAAGGCAAGAAUAUCGAUUGAAGUUGCCUCGUGAGGUCUCGUCCAAGACUGACUUUGCCUAAGCGUCCGUAGCGGGUCCUGCCGCCAUGCAAAGUCUAGGUUCCCCCGAGAUAGAGAACAACUCUAGACGCGGGAGUGGUCAGAGAAGGCUUUCGACCCGUUCUGCCUCACAUCCUCAUACGCUCUCCAAUUCCUCCGUUUCUAGUAGUGUAGCGAGUAGCAUAGCCAGUCGGAAAAGUCGGCAAGCUGAGCCUGUGGGAACUUCUGACAUCUCGAUUGAGCCUGCAAGUCUGUCGAUGCCACCUCCCACGAACCUGCUGAAGAGUCCCCGUUCGUCGUUCCUCCACAGCAGGCGCGAGUCGACCAAUUCGGUUUCCUGGAGUGCUAUUAGCGACUAUCAACGCAGCGCGGCCGAUGAUCUUGCCAUUGACGAUUCCGAAAGCACACCAAAGCUCCUCCCUGGCUCUGCGAACCUCCACGAUACUGCUGACCGGCAGCUACCGGAACCCGCCUUGGCAGUCUCACAAUACUCCCAAUCCUCAUUCUUAGACGAGGGAAGGCGCACCAUGGAUCAUGAGGGGAAGCGCAUGUCUGUCUCCUCGCUAUACUCGUUGUCCUCAGCUCGCGGUGUUCCCAGCUCUGCCGCGUCUAUCUCAGCUGUCUCUGUGAACGGUUCAGACAGCGGUAACCGAUCGGCCUCAGGAGUCAUGGCGUCAAGCAAAGGCCUAGGGCCUCCCUCUGGCCAGCAAUCUGAGGCUGAGCUGACCACGGUUACGGUGACUACGUCGUCAAGUGCCCAAAACAAUCAAUUGACCCCACGGGAUCCGAACCACUCCAGCAACCUUGAUCUCGUCAAGCGCAAUCCUCCCAAGUCCGAUGCCAACUCCCGACCCCAACCGACUAGAUCUCGCAGUAUGGCCAAGCGCAGGUUCAGCGGUAGUACGGCAACUAGCAGCCACAGUCCCAGCAGUGAAAGGGGUCCUUACAAGGAAAAGGAAGAAGUCAAGCCUGCACCUUACGGCAUCAUUGGCGUCUGUGCCUUAGACUCCAAGGCAAGAAGCAAGCCCAGUAGAAACAUCCUGAACAAGAUGGUGGGCAAAGGAGACUUCGAUGUAGUUGUGUUUGGUGACAAGGUCAUCCUUGACGAAGAGGUGGAGAACUGGCCAAUGUGUGACUAUCUCAUUUCGUUCUACUCAGAUGGAUUUCCUUUGGAGAAGGCCAUUGCCUACGUCAAGGCUCGCAAGCCGUUUUGCGUCAAUGAUGUACCAAUGCAGAAAAUCCUCUGGGACAGACGUUUGUGCCUGCGAAUUCUGGAAAAGAUCAACGUGCCUACCCCCCAGCGACUUGAGGUCAACCGAGACGGUGGCUCAACUCUUCUGACUCCGGACAUUGCCAAGCAUAUAAAAGAUGUUUCGGGCAUUUCUCUUGAGCCAACGGAUCCCAACCGCACUAUAUAUCCUCGGAAGGUGGAACUACUUGACGAUGACGAUAUACUGAGUGUGGAUGGUGCCUUGUUGAAGAAGCCUUUUGUCGAGAAGCCUACAAGUGGCGAGGACCACAACAUCAUUAUAUACUUCCCCAAGUCUUCUGGUGGUGGUGCUCGCAAGCUGUUUCGCAAGAUUGGCAACAAGAGCUCUGAGUACAUUGAGGACCUCACGGUUCCUCGGGCAAUUACCGAGCCAGAAAGCAGCUACAUAUAUGAGAAGUUCAUGCGAGUGGAAAAUGCGGAGGACGUCAAGGCUUACACCGUCGGUCCCGACUACUGCCAUGCAGAGACGAGAAAGUCUCCUGUGGUGGAUGGCAUUGUCCGACGCAACACUCACGGUAAGGAGAUCCGUUAUGUUACUGCACUGAACGCAGAAGAGAAGGAGAUUGCCAAGAGAAUUUCCAAUACGUUUGGACAGAGGGUCUGUGGCUUCGACUUCCUUCGCGCUGAAGGGAAGAGCUAUGUGAUCGACGUCAAUGGUUGGAGUUUUGUCAAAGAUAACGAUGACUACUAUAAUCACUGCGCCGGGAUCUUGAAAAACAUGUUUAUCAAAGAGAAAACUCGUCGAGGCGGGGUCACUCCGCCUAUGCCAUCUCCUACCAUCUCUGACAGCGUUGACCCGCUCGGUAAAGCCGCAACAGUUGCCAAAGAAAAGGAGAGUCAGGCCAGUACUUUGCAUCCAAAUCAAGCCAAGUCUCCGAGUAGCGUCGGAUCGGCGCUGUCCAAGAGCAAUUCCGCUCAAGAUACUAAGCAGAGGGAGGACAAAUCUCCAGGCACUGCGUCGCCAUCGAAGUCUGACGCUGGCACACAGAGCAUCGUUUCGAGGCUACAGAGUGGCCUCAUGAGCCCCCUCGCCAACCUUACCGGAGAUGCUGCGGCCAAGAUCUUGCCCGAAACAACGCCUCCCACGUUGCCGGUGACACCACUGGCUGAGGACCAACUAACUCUAAACUCUCAGCAAGACGAAUCAACUCCUCCUCCUCCUCCACCCAAGCAUUCCUGGAAGCUCAAAGGCUUGGUCUCUGUUAUCAGGCAUGCCGAUCGUACUCCAAAACAAAAGUACAAGUACACAUUCCACACACAGCCAUUCAUUGACCUCCUCAAAGGCCACCAGGAAGAAGUGCUGCUUAUCGGAGAAGCUGCUCUUGCUAGUGUCCUCGCAGCUGUCGAGAUGGCAUUGAAAGAAGACGAGGAAGACCGAGCAAAGCUCAAGUCUCUCCGCAAUGUGCUUGUGAAGAAGGGGGGCUGGGCUGGUACAAAAGUCCAGAUCAAGCCAAUGUUUCGUAAGAAGAACACAGAUGGGACGACAUCUACCGCCACACCCAAAGUUACAGAGGGCGUCAAACUGGACACAGACGGUGCAAAGCCGUCUGUAGAAACCUCCGAGCCGAAGGCGGCUACCGAUGAGCCACCAGUAAAGACGGAAGAGAUGAAUGUAGAAGACACAGCAUCCGGUGGCGAGGAAAAAACCCGACGUGGACCAAAGCGAAGCGAUUCCAUGUCUGGAGUAACCAUGUCGAAAUUCACUGCGGCGGAGAAUCAACUUGUGCUCGACAAGCUACAACUUAUUGUGAAGUGGGGAGGCGAGUCGACUCACUCCGCGCGCCAUCAGGCUAUCGAGCUGGCACAGAAUAUGAGAAACGAUUAUUUGCUGCUCAAUAAAGAAGUGCUAGACCAGGCCUGUGUGUACAGCAGUUCAGAGAGGCGAGUCACCGCCACAGCUCAAAUAUGGACAUCAACCUUUCUCGAUAUGCAGGGAGAACCCCCUCCCGACUUCAUUAAAGUUCGAAAGGAUCUCCUGGAUGAUUCAAAUGCAGCCAAGGAUGAGAUGGAUAAGGUGAAGAAGAAGCUGAAGGGACUGCUACGGAAGGGCAACGAACGACCGUCGCAAUUUGCUUGGCCGGAAAAUAUGGCAGAGCCGUCCGAGGUCCAAAACAAUGUUGUGACUCUAAUGAAGUUCCAUCGACAGGUUAUGCAACACAACUAUAACAAGCUUUACAGCGGCGCUGUCAACUCACUCAAUGCCAUCAGCAACCCUAGUGUGGAAAAGUUGAACGGUGAGGGAUCGACCACGUCUAUGAGCUCGGUCAUCUCACAAGCCAACGCAGUCAAUAGCAUUCAAACCAGAUGGUGUUGCGGCGAGGAUGCAGAGCUGUUCCGCGAGCGUUGGGAGAAACUCUUCGGCGAGUUUUGUGACCACGACAAGGUAGAUCCAAGCAAGAUCUCAGAGCUCUACGACACGAUGAAGUUCGACGCUCUGCACAAUCGGGCUUUCUUGGAAUGGGUCUUCACCCCGCCUAAGCACAUGCUCGAAGAAGAAUAUGGUAUUGUCAUUGGACGUGAUAACAAGAUAACGCCCAAAGACCCCGAGGUCGACGAUAACAAAUCGGAUCAGAGCCAAGUCGUGAGCUCGCCGCCUAAUGAGAGGUCUGACAAGUCGGACAAGUCGGACAAGGGUGAACGACCUGAAGGGCACAAGACGGUCAAGCGGCUGUUUAAGAGGCGAUCGUGGAUGAAAGACCGACACUCCCGGGAGCUGGCACCGCCUGAGCAAUACUUCCAUCUGCACAAGGGUAGCGGACCAACGAAGGCGAAGACGGAUGCCCGAUUUGAGCCAUUGCGAGAGUUGUAUAAGUUAGCAAAGGUGCUGUUCGAUUUUAUUUGUCCACAGGAGUAUGGCAUAUCAGACAGUGAGAAGCUGGAAAUCGGUCUCUUAACUUCGCUCCCCUUGCUCAAGGAGAUAGUGCAGGCCCUCGAGGACAUGCAAGCCUCAGACGAGGCCAAGUCAUUCUUCUACUUCACCAAAGAAUCGCACAUAUACACGUUAUUGAAUUGCAUUCUGGAAGGCGGCAUUGAGACCAAGAUCAGCCGAGCUACCAUCCCAGAACUCGACUACCUUUCACAGAUAUGUUUUGAGCUGUACGAAUCAGAGGUCAAGGCCCCCGAGGCCUGCCCCGACCAACCCCCGACAUUUGCCUACAGCAUUCGCAUUACGAUCAGUCCCGGGUGCCACAUCUACGACCCGCUCGACAUCCAGCUUGACAGCAGGCACUGCAUAGGAUGUGCCCCGCGACGAAGCCUAACGCCACACGGGGACUGGAAACAGGUCAUUGAAACACUGCGGGCCAAGUUUCACCAGGUCAAACUGCCAAAGACGUUCCUCGCUGUUAACUUGUCAGAAGCUUUUUCGUUCCAGGAGAAGGAACGUCACAAUUCCGAAGUAGAUGCCUUGGAGAUGAAGAAGAUUGAGCGGACGCCAGUAACGGAGAAAUUAGUUGGUGAAGUGAGGAAUAAUGAUGGCAGUGCGGUGGCAUCGGCACCGGCAGUUACGGACACGGCAAUCAAUGGAGAAGGGGGACAACGGGCAGUGGCUGAGGCUGUGACUGAGCAACAAGCUGCAGACAAGUCUGCGCAACAGAUUUAGAGCUGGGUGGGCACAAUCACGGCAGAAUACAUGGUAGAGGCGUUGAAAGAGCCAUCAGAGGGAGAGGGGGAAACGGGAACAACAUUGCCAACGGCGAAUAUUGCUUGACGACAAUGGGACAUGAAGAUAACAGAGUUUAACUCAUCCUUUUACUAGACGGUAAUGAACCGGGUGUCAUGGUAAACACUCUAAUUAAGCCCAC